GGAGGAUGAUUGAGAUGAUGGGUUAAAAUGCUUUAUAUACUCUCAAACAGUGAUACAGAGUAUGGGUAAGAGAUGCUCUCAGUGCUCUCUUCGAAUCUCCGGUUAUCGUUUCUGUUGAUUUAAACGGGCUGAUUAAAUGGAAAUCUCCGGGGAGGAGCAGCAACAGCACAUCAGGGUCCAGUCCCUAGCCCAAAAUUGUAAAGUACAGGUGCCCCAACGGUAUGUACAACUUCCGGAACAUCGACCCAACAACGCCGCCGCCGUCAACAGUAUCCCGAUAAUCGAUCUGAGCGGCUCCAGGACCAAGGUGCGCGAGGAGGUGGGACAAGCCUGCAGAGAAUGGGGUGCGUUUCACGUGAGCAACCACGGCUUUCCGAUCCAAUUGCUGGACGACAUGAGGAGGGUAGGCCUGAAUUUCUUUGAGGACUGUCCCAUGACCGAUAAGCUCACAUACUCGUGCGACUCUAAUACUUCUUUUGCUGCCCAAGGCUACGGCAGCCGCAUGUUGGUCUCAGACGACUCCGUCUUAGAUUGGAGGGACUACUUCGACCAUCACACCUUGCCUCUUUCUCGUCGCGACCCAUCUCGCUGGCCCCACUUUCAUCCUAAUUACAGACAAGUCAUUGCGGAGUACAGCGAUCAUAUGAAGGCCCUUGCUCAGACACUCUUGAGCUUGAUCUCUGAAAGUCUAGGUCUGCCAUCUUCACGGAUUGAAGAGGCAGUCGGGGAAUUCUACCAGAACAUCACCGUCAGCUAUUACCCACCUUGCCUGCAACCAGAGCUCACCCUAGGUCUGCAAGCUCACUCGGAUAUGGGUGCCAUUACCCUUCUAAUCCAACACGAUGUCAUGGGUCUCCAGGUUCUCAAGGACGGUGAAUGGAUAAAUGUACAUCCUUUAUCCGACGCCAUUGUUGUCAUUUUGGCUGAUCAAACUGAGAUUAUUACUAAUGGCUUGUAUAGAAGUGCUCAACAUCGGGCUAUAACUAACGCCAGCAAGGCACGACUCUCAGUUGCCACAUUUCAUGACCCAGCAAAGACAACAAUAAUAUCCCCUGCUUCUGAGCUCAUCACAGAUUCUUCUCCGCCCCAAUACCGGCAAGUUACUUAUGGUGAUUAUGUCUCAUUGUGGUAUACAAAAGGCCCUGAAGGCAAACGGAACAUUGAUGGCCUCUUAAUAUGAUGAUUUGGCUGUAUGCAUAUAACUCUUUGGUUGACAUUGUGAUGACAUUUUUUGUCUUUGAUAGUAGCAUAAUAAGUCAAUGCCUUCUUCCUAUGGUGAUUUUCAUUCUCAGAUAAUUGAUAAUGCUGGUUAGAUCUUCGUUAUUGCAAAGUUUGCUUUUACGGUAAGUGUAAUCUUGUGAAGCGUUGAUUUAUCUGACUGCUGACGGUCAAAUGUUAAAUAGAGUACUUUACAAAGGUAAUUACGGCA